AAAAAAACAGUUGCUAGAGGUGGAUAAUGACAAGGAAAUGAUAGAAAGCUCAAUGGGGGAACUGAGAGUGAAAGAGGCAGAAAUGGUGAGAGAAAAAGACAACAUGGAUAACAAGAUGGCUAGGCUCAAAGAGGAAGAGGAUGGAAUGCGGGAAGAAAUAGGAAGGAAGAUGGACAUCUUAAAGAAGGAAAGUUGUGAAAUCAAAAGACUUAGAGAUGAAAUUGACAGUGAAAAGGACCAGCUGAAUGCAAAAUUGCUUGAGUUGGAAAAAAUGCGUGAAGAACUAGAUAGAGAGAAGAAGGAAGUGAACAACAGGAAGGAUGAAACACUGAAAGAGAAAGAUCAGUUGGAAGAGAGGCGAGGUAAGAUAAGUAAGGAGAAAGAGGAAUUGGAUAUCAGUCUAGAACUGAUGAAAAGACAAAGGGAAGACUUGACAAGCUUGAAGGCUGAAGCAGAAGCACAGACCGAGCCUAUGGAAAUAGACUGGAAGGAAAAGCUCACGAGGGAAAGACAACAACUUGAAGAUGUAAAGGAGGAGAUACAGAAGGAAAAAGAAGCCUUUGAGAGAAAGAAGGGAUUGACCAUGAAAGAAAGAGAUGAGUUUAAUCUGAUGAAGUCUGAAACCCAGGGACAAUUGGAGGAAAUAGAACAAAACAAACAAGACAUUCGUGUGGAGAAGGAAAAGCUGGAUCAGAUCAAAGCUGAGUUAGAAAGACGGUCUGAAGACGUAAAUCAGGUCAUGGAUGAGACAAGACGGGAGAGGGGGAAGGUAGAAGAACUGGCUAUCCAAACUCAAAAAGAAAGAGAAGAAAUGGUGGGUUUUAUGGAAAAGAACAAACAAAAGCAGAACGAACUGGAACUCAUGAAUGACAAGAUUGAAAGAGAGAAACAAGACAUUGAAGAAAGUCGGGAUGUGCUAACAAAGGAGAGAGAGGAGCUGGAACAAAUGAGGAGUGAGAUACAGCAACAGAGAGAGGAGACAGAAUCUCACAUGGAAGACCAAAGGAAAGAGAAAGAACAUUUGGAACAAAUGACGACGGACAUGAAAAAACAGUUGCUAGAGGUGGAUAAUGACAAGGAAAUGAUAGAAAGCUCAAUGGGGAACUGAGAGUGAAAGAGGCAGAAAUGGUGAGAGAAAAAGACAACAUGGAUAACAAGAUGGCUAGGCUCAAAGAGGAAGAGGAUGGAAUGCGGGAAGAAAUAGGAAGGAAGAUGGACAUCUUAAAGAAGGAAAGUUGUGAAAUCAAAAGACUUAGAGAUGAAAUUGACAGUGAAAAGGACCAGCUGAAUGCAAAAUUGCUUGAGUUGGAAAAAAUGCGUGAAGAACUAGAUAGAGAGAAGAAGGAAGUGAACAACAGGAAGGAUGAAACACUGAAAGAGAAAGAUCAGUUGGAAGAGAGGCGAGGUAAGAUAAGUAAGGAGAAAGAGGAAUUGGAUAUCAGUCUAGAACUGAUGAAAAGACAAAGGGAAGACUUGACAAGCUUGAAGGCUGAAGCAGAAGCACAGACCGAGCCUAUGGAAAUAGACUGGAAGGAAAAGCUCACGAGGGAAAGACAACAACUUGAAGAUGUAAAGGAGGAGAUACAGAAGGAAAAAGAAGCCUUUGAGAGAAAGAAGGGAUUGACCAUGAAAGAAAGAGAUGAGUUUGAUCUGAUGAAGUCUGAAACCCAGGGACAAUUGGAGGAAAUAGAACAAAACAAACAAGACAUUCGUGUGGAGAAGGAAAAGCUGGAUCAGAUCAAAGCUGAGUUAGAAAGACGGUCUGAAGACGUAAAUCAGGUCAUGGAUGAGACAAGACGGGAGAGGGGGAAGGUAGAAGAACUGGCUAUCCAAACUCAAAAAGAAAGAGAAGAAAUGGUGGGUUUUAUGGAAAAGAACAAACAAAAGCAGAACGAACUGGAACUCAUGAAUGACAAGAUUGAAAGAGAGAAACAAGACAUUGAAGAAAGUCGGGAUGUGCUAACAAAGGAGAGAGAGGAGCUGGAACAAAUGAGGAGUGAGAUACAGCAACAGAGAGAGGAGACAGAAUCUCACAUGGAAGACCAAAGGAAAGAGAAAGAACAUUUGGAACAAAUGACGACGGACAUGAAAAAACAGUUGCUAGAGGUGGAUAAUGACAAGGAAAUGAUAGAAAGCUCAAUGGGGGAACUGAGAGUGAAAGAGGCAGAAAUGGUGAGAGAAAAAGACAACAUGGAUAACAAGAUGGCUAGGCUCAAAGAGGAAGAGGAUGGAAUGCGGGAAGAAAUAGGAAGGAAGAUGGACAUCUUAAAGAAGGAAAGUUGUGAAAUCAAAAGACUUAGAGAUGAAAUUGACAGUGAAAAGGACCAGCUGAAUGCAAAAUUGCUUGAGUUGGAAAAAAUGCGUGAAGAACUAGAUAGAGAGAAGAAGGAAGUGAACAACAGGAAGGAUGAAACACUGAAAGAGAAAGAUCAGUUGGAAGAGAGGCGAGGUAAGAUAAGUAAGGAGAAAGAGGAAUUGGAUAUCAGUCUAGAACUGAUGAAAAGACAAAGGGAAGACUUGACAAGCUUGAAGGCUGAAGCAGAAGCACAGACCGAGCCUAUGGAAAUAGACUGGAAGGAAAAGCUCACGAGGGAAAGACAACAACUUGAAGAUGUAAAGGAGGAGAUACAGAAGGAAAAAGAAGCCUUUGAGAGAAAGAAGGGAUUGACCAUGAAAGAAAGAGAUGAGUUUAAUCUGAUGAAGUCUGAAACCCAGGGACAAUUGGAGGAAAUAGAACAAAACAAACAAGACAUUCGUGUGGAGAAGGAAAAGCUGGAUCAGAUCAAAGCUGAGUUAGAAAGACGGUCUGAAGACGUAAAUCAGGUCAUGGAUGAGACAAGACGGGAGAGGGGGAAGGUAGAAGAACUGGCUAUCCAAACUCAAAAAGAAAGAGAAGAAAUGGUGGGUUUUAUGGAAAAGAACAAACAAAAGCAGAACGAACUGGAACUCAUGAAUGACAAGAUUGAAAGAGAGAAACAAGACAUUGAAGAAAGUCGGGAUGUGCUAACAAAGGAGAGAGAGGAGCUGGAACAAAUGAGGAGUGAGAUACAGCAACAGAGAGAGGAGACAGAAUCUCACAUGGAAGACCAAAGGAAAGAGAAAGAACAUUUGGAACAAAUGACGACGGACAUGAAAAAACAGUUGCUAGAGGUGGAUAAUGACAAGGAAAUGAUAGAAAGCUCAAUGGGGGAACUGAGAGUGAAAGAGGCAGAAAUGGUGAGAGAAAAAGACAACAUGGAUAACAAGAUGGCUAGGCUCAAAGAGGAAGAGGAUGGAAUGCGGGAAGAAGAAAUAGGAAGGAAGAUGGACAUCUUAAAGAAGGAAAGUUGUGAAAUCAAAAGACUUAGAGAUGAAAUUGACAGUGAAAAGGACCAGCUGAAUGCAAAAUUGCUUGAGUUGGAAAAAAUGCGUGAAGAACUAGAUAGAGAGAAGAAGGAAGUGAACAACAGGAAGGAUGAAACACUGAAAGAGAAAGAUCAGUUGGAAGAGAGGCGAGGUAAGAUAAGUAAGGAGAAAGAGGAAUUGGAUAUCAGUCUAGAACUGAUGAAAAGACAAAGGGAAGACUUGACAAGCUUGAAGGCUGAAGCAGAAGCACAGACCGAGCCUAUGGAAAUAGACUGGAAGGAAAAGCUCACGAGGGAAAGACAACAACUUGAAGAUGUAAAGGAGGAGAUACAGAAGGAAAAAGAAGCCUUUGAGAGAAAGAAGGGAUUGACCAUGAAAGAAAGAGAUGAGUUUAAUCUGAUGAAGUCUGAAACCCAGGGACAAUUGGAGGAAAUAGAACAAAACAAACAAGACAUUCGUGUGGAGAAGGAAAAGCUGGAUCAGAUCAAAGCUGAGUUAGAAAGACGGUCUGAAGACGUAAAUCAGGUCAUGGAUGAGACAAGACGGGAGAGGGGGAAGGUAGAAGAACUGGCUAUCCAAACUCAAAAAGAAAGAGAAGAAAUGGUGGGUUUUAUGGAAAAGAACAAACAAAAGCAGAACGAACUGGAACUCAUGAAUGACAAGAUUGAAAGAGAGAAACAAGACAUUGAAGAAAGUCGGGAUGUGCUAACAAAGGAGAGAGAGGAGCUGGAACAAAUGAGGAGUGAGAUACAGCAACAGAGAGAGGAGACAGAAUCUCACAUGGAAGACCAAAGGAAAGAGAAAGAACAUUUGGAACAAAUGACAACGGACAUGAAAAAACAGUUGCUAGAGGUGGAUAAUGACAAGGAAAUGAUAGAAAGCUCAAUGGGGAACUGAGAGUGAAAGAGGCAGAAAUGGUGAGAGAAAAAGACAACAUGGAUAACAAGAUGGCUAGGCUCAAAGAGGAAGAGGAUGGAAUGCGGGAAGAAAUAGGAAGGAAGAUGGACAUCUUAAAGAAGGAAAGUUGUGAAAUCAAAAGACUUAGAGAUGAAAUUGACAGUGAAAAGGACCAGCUGAAUGCAAAAUUGCUUGAGUUGGAAAAAAUGCGUGAAGAACUAGAUAGAGAGAAGAAGGAAGUGAACAACAGGAAGGAUGAAACACUGAAAGAGAAAGAUCAGUUGGAAGAGAGGCGAGGUAAGAUAAGUAAGGAGAAAGAGGAAUUGGAUAUCAGUCUAGAACUGAUGAAAAGACAAAGGGAAGACUUGACAAGCUUGAAGGCUGAAGCAGAAGCACAGACCGAGCCUAUGGAAAUAGACUGGAAGGAAAAGCUCACGAGGGAAAGACAACAACUUGAAGAUGUAAAGGAGGAGAUACAGAAGGAAAAAGAAGCCUUUGAGAGAAAGAAGGGAUUGACCAUGAAAGAAAGAGAUGAGUUUAAUCUGAUGAAGUCUGAAACCCAGGGACAAUUGGAGGAAAUAGAACAAAACAAACAAGACAUUCGUGUGGAGAAGGAAAAGCUGGAUCAGAUCAAAGCUGAGUUAGAAAGACGGUCUGAAGACGUAAAUCAGGUCAUGGAUGAGACAAGACGGGAGAGGGGGAAGGUAGAAGAACUGGCUAUCCAAACUCAAAAAGAAAGAGAAGAAAUGGUGGGUUUUAUGGAAAAGAACAAACAAAAGCAGAACGAACUGGAACUCAUGAAUGACAAGAUUGAAAGAGAGAAACAAGACAUUGAAGAAAGUCGGGAUGUGCUAACAAAGGAGAGAGAGGAG